AUGGUUCAAGAUAUGAGGCUGCUAGCCAGAAUGUUCCAAGAUGUGAAGGGCCGGGCGCAAUUGUGCGGAGCGGAGAUGCCGGUGCUGUCUGCGUCGUCCUGCGGCACUCCCGCAACGCCGCUAGAACGCAAUGACAGCGGUUCCAGCUCCCCACGCUCCACUCUGGACUCACACGAUUUCAGUCGGGGUACUCGCCGUGCAAGUGUAGCCGCAAAAGAGGCUCCUGACAGCGUUCCUCGCAUUACUCAGAGCAUAACUAUCAAGCGAACCCGUCAAGAACCGCCUCCAACUGUGCAGCACUCCCCCACAUCGCGCAGUGCCCCUACAAUCUCAGGAAUUUGGUCUUUCGCAGGAAUGAGACAGCCUGCUGCAGAGCCUCGGGGGCUAGUGGACAUGCAAAAGCCGGUCGACAUGAUCUCGCCAAAAAUGACUUCAGUCAUGUGCGUGUACUCCGCGCUGUUCAUGCGCUUCGCCUGGCGCGUGCAGCCGCGCAACUACCUCCUCUUCUCCUGCCAUUCCGCCAACGAGACCGUCCAACUCAUCCAGCUCUCGCGAUGGGCCCUCUCAGAACCCGUAGCAGAGAAGCCAGAAGAGCCUGCAGCUGCUCCCGCUGUUGUGGAGAAGGCAACAGAGUGA